CCUCCUCCUAUUCUUCCUCUUAAAGGUGCAGAGCCAGCCCCUCCUGCCCCCGACGCGGCCAUGACUUCAGCCCCGGCCCAGGCGCCCUCGUUUCCUCCUUCUCUUCCUCCUUCUCCUCUUCUCCUUCUUCCUUUUUCCAGGAGCAGCGUUGGACUUCAUCCACCAUGGAUCUCAAAUUUCUAACGUGAGAUGCUUGAUGCUGAAGUGCCGGUGCAGUGGAGCAUUUCUUCCUGUGAGAAUGAACCUGACAAAGUGGUCGGAGGCGAGAUGGAGAGGUCACUCCAAUUCCUCCUCACAACUGCCUCCACCUCCUUGGAGAGACAACACCACCUUUUCUUUCCGAGGGGAUCUCCAGGAGAUCAUCCACACGGCCACGCUGGUGACAUGUACACUCCUGCUGGCAGUCAUCUUCUGCCUGGGUUCUUAUGGCAACCUCAUUGUCUUCUUGUCCUUCUUUGACCCAGCCUACCGUAAGUUCAGGACCAACUUUGACUUCAUGAUCCUCAACCUGUCGUUCUGUGACCUCUUCAUCUGCGGAGUGACGUCCCCCAUGUUCGCCUUUGCUCUCUUCCUGGACUCUGCAGCUGGGAUCCCUGAUGCGUUAUGCUUCACCUUCCACCUCACCAGCUCUGGCUUCAUCAUCAUGUCCCUCAAGACGGUGGCCGUCAUAGCCUUGCACCGCCUACGCAUGGUGUUAGGGAAGCAGCCCAACCGGGCCACCUCUUUCCCUUGCACUCUCCUGCUGGCUCUCCUCCUGUGGGCCACAAGCUUCACUCUUGCUGCCCUGGCCACUCUGAGGACCCAUAAAUCCCGACUCUGUCUUCCCAUCUCCAGCCUGGUCAAUAGUGAAGGCGACAUCAUCCCUUACCUGUAUGUCAUCGACUUCAUUUUCUGCGUGGCAGUGGUUUCGGUCUCAUACAUCAUGAUUGCCCAGGCGUUGAGGAGGAAUGCCCAAGUACGGAAGUGCCCACCUGUCAUCACAGUGGAUGCCUCCAGGCCUCAGCCUUUCAAUGGGCCACUUGCUGCUGGAUGUGUGGAUGGUGUACAGUGUGCUGUGCCAGCACUGUAUAGAAAUCAAAACUACAACAAACUGCAUCACAUCCAGACCCACACCUACACAAAGAACCCAGGCCCACUGUCUGCCCCGGCAACCAGGCGGUUCCAGCUGGUCUCCACAGUUAAUUUGUCCACAGUCAAGGACUCUAAAGCUGUGGUGACAUGCGUUGUCAUUGUCCUUUCUGUUUUGGUCUGCUGCCUCCCAUUGGGCAUCUCUUUAGUGCAAGACGUUCUGUCCAGGAACAAUGGCUUUAUCCUCUACCAAUUUGAACUGUGUGGACUUACACUAAUCUUUCUCAAAUCUGGAUUAAAUCCUUUUAUAUAUUCCCGUAACAGUGCUGGGUUGAGAAGGAGGGUCCUUUGGUGCCUCCAGUACUUCACCCUUGCCUUCUUCUGUUGCAAGCAGAAAACCAGGCUCCGGGCCAUGGGCAAAGGGAGCUUGGAGGCCAACAGAAACAAGUCGUCCCAUCAUGAGACCAACUCGGCGUACAUGCUGUCUCCAAAGCCUCAGAAGAAGUUUGUGGACCAAGCAUGUGGCCCUAGUCACUCUAAAGAGAGUGUGCUGAGCCCUAAAGGGUCUGGUGGCCACCAGCAUUAUGGAGGCCAGAGUAGCUCCACCCCCAUGAACACUCGCAUCGAACCUUAUUAUAGCAUUUAUAACAGCUGCCCAUCCCAAGAAGUGAGCACACCCAACAGCUUGCAGCCAACAAACUCUCCGUUCGGGUUCGCCAAGUCUUACAUUGCCAUGCACUAUCAUACAACUAAUGACCUGGUGCGGCAUUACGACAGUACUUCUGCUAAGCAGAUACCAGUUCCCUCUGUGUAGGUGGGGAGAAAUUGAGGAUGGUUUCAUAUUCU